CCCAGGAAGGAAGGGGGCGGCCGCAGGGGCCGGAACCGCGCGACCUGGAACCCGGGGCCUUUUUUGAUUGCCGGCCGCGCCCCGCGCAAGUGCCGGCGUUCGAGACCCGCCCCAGCGCGCGUGGGCGCCAACUUCGCGGGGACCCCCAGCGACGCGCCCCCCUCGACGAAGUUAUACGGAAGCGUCUCCUCAUUGAUGGAGAUGGUGCUGGAGAUGAUCGGAGAAUUAAUCUGCUAGUGAAGAGUUUCAUUAAAUGGUGCAACUCUGGGUCCCAGGAAGAGGGAUAUAGCCAGUACCAACGUAUGCUGAGCACGCUGUCUCAAUGUGAAUUUUCAAUGGGCAAAACUUUACUUGUAUAUGAUAUGAAUCUCAGAGAAAUGGAAAAUUAUGAAAAAAUUUACAAGGAAAUAGAAUGUAGCAUAGCUGGAGCACAUGAAAAAAUUGCUGAGUGCAAAAAGCAAAUUCUUCAAGCAAAACGAAUACGAAAAAAUCGCCAAGAAUAUGAUGCUUUGGCAAAAGUGAUUCAGCACCAUCCAGACAGGCAUGAGACAUUAAAGGAACUAGAGGCUCUGGGAAAAGAAUUAGAGCAUCUUUCACACAUUAAAGAAAGUGUUGAAGAUAAGCUGGAAUUGAGACGGAAACAGUUUCACGUUCUUCUUAGUACCAUCCAUGAACUUCAGCAAACAUUGGAAAAUGAUGAAAAACUCUCAGAGGUAGAAGAAGCUCAGGAAGCAAGCAUGGAAACAGAUCCUAAGCCAUAGACAGGCUAAUUGCCCACCACUCCCAGGAAUAUUGAAAUAGCUACAUGACCAUAAUGUGUUUAAAAUGUGGUAUGCUCUUGAGAUAUUUAAAGUUUUGGCAGUAAAAUACUCUGUUUUUAAGUAUGAAUGUAUUUCAUUCAUGUUUCCUCACACAAAGGAAAAUGACUUCAGUAUAGAUUUGUUUUUAUUAAAAUGCAUUUUUUAUUCUUAAGUGGUAGGAAGCAACAUCCAAAAAUGCUUAAUAAAAUGCUUUUAAGCUGCA